AAGGCUGUUGGUGCUUUAUCUCCAUGCAGGAAGGUCAUUGAGAGUCAGACUCGGAUUGAGCAGAUCUCAAACUUCAGCAGUGAACUAUGCUCGGACAAGCCGUGCGACGCUUCGCCACCUCUGCGGUUCGCUCCAGUCACUAUGCGGAGGGACCAGGAAAGAACUUGCCAUUCUCUGUAGAGAACAAGUGGAGGCUUCUUGGCAUGAUGGUGCUGUUCUUUGGCAGUGGAUUCACCUUCCCAUUCAUUGUUGUCAGGCAUCAUCUCCUGAAGAAGUGAAGCUCCUACCAGUCACACAUUGUCAGUGUGAUUCUUGUCCAACACAGCUCUCAGUUUCUUCUGGUGUGGAUCCUGUAAUGUUAUUGUAAAUAAAAAUUGCCAAUGACA